CUUGUCCAUUCCUCAAACCAAAAAGGUAAAUCUUGAUGUGUUUUCUCCAUUUAAUAAAAUGUAAACAAUUACGAACAUUUACAUACAAUGUUAAUAAUUAAAAUUCAAUUUUAUUUUAAUAAAUUACAAUAUUAAUUAAUCUGCUGAAUCUCAUAGAUUCGAUAUAAGCGUCGCGUAUUAAACUAAAACUAAUAAUACUUCUUAAUAAGCGCAUAAGCUUCUAUUAAAACAUUACUGCUAAAAAUAUUCAAUCUAAAUCAAACGAAAAAAACAACACAACUUUAGUCAGGGAAUAUACAUUUUUGUUUUCAUAAUUGUUUGGUAUGUAGCCAUGGUAAUAAAAGGCUCCACAUUGACUUCCGCGUUUUAUGUCUUCACAGGGCAGGAGGGAAGAAAGGAAGAUGACAUCAUUACCCGGGGGCGCCGAAUGUCUAAGGCUGUCACCGGGAAAAUCAUUCGAUGCCAAGAGAAAGAAUGUCCAUCGAAGAUCCCCGACCCAGAAAUAAAUCCAAAAGGCGUCUCUUUUCCCAAGCGUUCAUUAAUGGAUUAUUCGUCAGGUUGUGGAAAAACCGUAUGAAACAACAAAGAGAUUUCCUCCUUGCAGCUAGUAUGGAGAUAUAAAUAGUAAGAAAUAAUUGGAAAUCAUCUUGGCUAAUGGGGAUGAGAGUGAAAAAGGAUCACCAGAUGCAGAGGAUAUCGAGGAAAUAGUUGAGAAGUUGCAAAACUAUAAGGCAUUUGGAACUGUUUAAAAUAGCUGGUAGUGAGGUUGCUAGAGAUUUUGCAGGAUCUGGUGGCUCAAAUAUGGCAAGAAGAAAUAAUCCACAUAAAAUGGAGUGAAUGAAUUGUAGUCCCAGUUUAUAAAUUAAAGAGAGACUCAACUAAAUGUGAAAACUAUCAUAGAAUCGCCCUUUUUAACACCGCGUUUAUGAAGACCCUGGUAUUCUCCAUCGCUGUAUAUAAUAAAAUAAUGAUGUUUAAACAAAACAUCUGGGCGCCUGGUUUUCCUCCGCGGCUCUGCAGACAGUAUUCCUCUUCAAGACAAUUAAAAACUUACUUUGACAGACCAAAUUAUUUGAGUAUAUCAGCAAUCAAUAAGUUUUAGAUCUUCACGUAUAAGUAUUAUAGAGCAUUCCAUAAAUUUUUAUAAAUAAAAAUUAGAGAUAUUUG